AUGGGUGCAGCCGCCGGGCCAAAGAUCGCUCUCUUCACCACCUACACCAGCGACUAUCAGGCCGGACCGCUCUGCAGCCGCGUCAACCAAGCUUACGCCACGCGGCACGGAUACGGCUGGGUCGAGGCCGUGGGCGAUCCGUCUCGCCGCAGAGCCGCCGGCCACGACCCGCCGGCUCGUCACCCCACCUGGGACAAGGUCUCGCUGCUGCUCGAGCUGCUCGAUGGGCUUUUGGCGGGCGCCUCGCCGCGCGGCCUCUCGCCGGCGACGACACACCUCUUGUGGAUCGACGCGGACGCCGUUGUCCUGCGGCACGAGCGGCGGCUCGCCUGCGCGCUCAACGCCGGCGUGUGGCUCGUGCGCGUGUCCGAGUGGGCGCGCUCGCUGUGGCGCGACGUCUGGGCCGCCGACGCGUCGCGCCGCUUCUGGCAGAGGCCCCACCACGAGCAGUCUUGCCUGCUGCACCAGCUGGCUCUCCGCGGGCAGCCGCUCAAGCAGGCCUGCCCCUUCCACUCCUUUGCGGGAGGCCAGCUCCUCAAGCUCUCGCAGCGCGUCGCCGUCCUGCCGCGGCACGCCUUCAACACCAACCGCGGCGACGCGGGCGGGCGCGGCAUGGCGGGCGCGGCGGAUGCGCGCUGCGAGUUUGUCUUCCACGCGGCCGGCCGGCCGGCGGUCCUCGGCGCCGCGCCGGGCAAGCUCGAGGCGCUGCGCGCCAUGCUCACGCACGCCGGCCUCGGCGGGUUCCUGAGGCACGGAGCGGCCGGCGCUGGCGAGGCCCCGGCGGCCGCCGACGGAGGGGCAGGCGGCGGGGAGGAGUCGCGCUUGUUCGGGUCCCUCGCACUCCUCGAUUCGCUCAUCGUCGCCACGCGCAACGGGGCGCUGCUUUCCGCUGCAGCUUGCCCGCCCGGAGCCGGACCUUUGAAGACGUGUGAGGCGGGGUAG